AUGGGCUCCCGGCACUUCCCUGCCCGGACCGUGCUCUUCGAGAAGGAGUCCAAUGGCGUCACGUACCGCGUGCCCGCCCUGCUCUACCUGCCCUGCAUGGCCAAGCUCCUGGCUUUUGCGGAGGAGCGGCUGAGCGCCGAUGAUGCCCAUGCCAACCUGCUGGUGCUGCGCCGUGGCACCAUCUAUGGGAGCUACGUGGAGUGGGAAGACAUGCGUGUGCUGGAGACGGCAGUGCUGCAGCACCACCGGUCAAUGAACCCCUGCCCGCUCUAUGAUGAGUUCACCGGCACCCUCUUCCUUUUCUUCAUCACGGUGCUGGGCAGGACUCCCGAAGCCUACCAGAUAGUCACUGGCCAAAAUGUCACCCGCCUCUGCUGCGUCACCAGCGCUGACCAGGGCCUGAGCUGGAGCACGGCCACGGACCUGACACAGCAGGUCAUUGGCGGGGCCAUCAAAGACUGGGCAACAUUUGCACUGGGCCCCGGGCAUGGGAUCCAGCUGCGGUCCGGCCGGCUGCUGGUGCCCGCCUACAGCUACCACAUUGAUUGCAAGGAGUGCUUUGGCCAGCUCUGCAAGACCACCCCUCACUCCUUCGCCUUCUACAGCGAUGACCACGGCCGGUGCUGGCGCUUUGGGGAGUUCAUCCCCAACCUGCAGACAGGCGAGUGCCAGCUGGUCUCAGUGGACGAGGAGGAUGGCUCCAAUGUCCUCUACUGCAAUGCCCGCAGCCCCUUGGGCUUCAGGGUCCAGGCACUCAGCACAGACGAUGGGGCCGUCUUCCAUGGGGGGCAGCUGGUCCAGCGGCUAGCUGAGCCCAGGGAGGGCUGUCCCACCCCAGGGCAUCACACCCAUACCUUCACUUCAGUCCAAGUGGACUCUGCGAUGACCCCCAGCCCUGCUGCCUUCUUCCAAGCACCGACAUGGGUCCUGUACUCCCACCCCACCAGCUCCAUGUCACGGGUCAACAUGGGAAUUCACCUGAGCACCUUCCCCAGGGAUGUGGAGAGCUGGACUGAGCCAUGGGUCAUCUAUGAGGGCCCAAGUGCUUACUCGGACCUGGCUUACGUGGAGCUGCCCUACAAUGAGGCCCCCAUCUCUGGUGGCACAGCCAUCGCUUUUGCCUGCCUCUAUGAGAAUGGGACCCGGUCACCCUAUGAGCAGAUCUCCUUUAGCAUGUUCACACUGUAUGAUGUGCUCCAGAACAUUCCCCUGACAGCUGCUGCUCCCCGGCAGGACAGCAGCCCCCCACGCCGCAGGAAGUGGGGGCGAAGGAGCUGCCUUGUCUCCUAG